UGAUCGCGCUCCAGGUCCGGAGCCGGGAUCUCUGUAUCGGGAUAUACAGAACGAUAUACAUUACUACACAUAUAUAUAUAUAUUAAUCUAUACACCGCCGCACACCUCUGCCCGCCGGGUCAUGCCCGGGGAUCGCAUCUGACGCUCCAUACACUGCUCGGGAUGGGAUACUUGGCCGGGAUGUGGGCACUGGCAGCGCUGUGGGGCUUUGCGGUGGCUCCUGUGGCAAGUUAUAACGUGUGUUCGGGGACAGUGAAUGGCCUCAGUAUUCAUGGAGACGCCCACUACCAGAUGCAGACCUUGAGGGAGAUGUACACCAACUGUGAGAUCGUGAUGGGAAACCUGGAGAUUGUGCUCAUAGACAAUAGCCAAGAUUUGUCUUUUUUGAAGUCCAUACAUGAAGUGACUGGAUAUGUGCUGAUCGCUCUCAAUAUUUUCACUUACCUGCCCCUGGAAAACCUGCGUGUCAUCCGAGGGAAACACCUAUUCGAAAAUAAAUAUGCGCUCUACCUUUUGCUGAACAAUCAAGUAAAUGGCCCACUGGGGAUCCACACGCUUGGCUUCCACCAGUUGACAGAGAUCGUUGAGGGUUCUAUUCAUAUAACCGAAAACAUACACCUGUGCUUCAUAGAGACAAUUGACUGGGAAGAUAUUCUACCCAAUCCAAACUAUGACAUUGAGAAGAAAGACAACAACGAGACCUGUCCACCGUGUCAUCAUUCAUGUGAUGGGAAGUGUUGGGGACCAGGAAAGGAAGACUGUCAGAAAUUGACAAAGACCAUUUGCGCACAGCAGUGCAAUGGACGCUGCUAUGGCAGGAAGCCAUCAGAGUGCUGCCACGAUGAGUGCGCAGGAGGCUGCACCGGGUCCUCGAAUCGGCAGUGUGUCGCAUGUCGGCACUUUAAUAAUGACGGCGCCUGUGUCCCGCACUGUCCUCGGCUACUGAUUUACAACCACCUGUCCAAUCGAUUGGAACAAAACCCAGAUGUCAGAUACCAAUAUGGAGGCACGUGUGUCAAGAACUGCCCCCGUAAUUUUGUGAUUGAUCAGAGUUCCUGUGUCCGUGCUUGUCCAAACAACAAGAUGGAAGUGGAUAAAAAUGGGAUUAAGAUGUGUGAACCAUGCCCAGGACUUUGCCCUAAAGCCUGUGAGGGGACAGGACAUGGGAGUAAAUAUGCUAUGGUUGACUCUACUAAUAUUGAUACAUUUGUCAACUGCACCAAAAUUCUGGGAAAUCUGGACUUUCUCAACCUUGGUUUUGAAGGGGAUGAGUGGAAAGAAAUCCCACCUCUGGACCCAAACAAGCUCAGUGUCUUCCAAUCCGUACAAGAGAUCACAGGGUACUUAAGUAUUCAGUCCUGGCCAAAACACAUGCUUGACUUCAGUGUCUUCUCUAACCUCACUACUAUUGGAGGCCGAACUCUCUAUAACCGCGGCUUUUCAUUGCUCGUGAUGAAAAACAAAAACGUAACAUCUCUGGGAUUCCGCUCUCUACGGGAAGUCAGUGCUGGCAAGGUCUAUAUUGCAGACAACAAAGCACUCUGCUACUACAACACUGUAAACUGGACGUAUUUGUUUCCAACACGCCGACAGGCAACAGAAAUGAAGAACAACAAGCCUCCAGACCAGUGUGUUAAAGAACAAAAUCAAUGUGACCCUCUAUGUUCUUCUGCGGGAUGUUGGGGUCCUGGACCUGACCAAUGCCUUUCUUGCGAGAACUAUAGCCGUGACGGUAUCUGUGUGUCAACCUGCAACUUUACACAGGGUGAUAACAGGGAGUAUGCCAGUGCAGGUGUGUGCCAACUCUGCCAUUCAGAAUGCCUCAAGAUUGAUGGUGACCUGACUUGCAAUGGAACAGGACCUGAUGCCUGUGUUAAAUGUGCAAACGUUAAAGAUGGGCUAGACUGUGUGAGCAAGUGCCCUAACGGGAUCUUUGGAGACAAUGGACCCAUUUUCAAGUACCCCGAUGCCAACAAUGACUGUCAAUCAUGUCACGAAAACUGCACACAAGGGUGCAUAGGGCCUGGGAUUAAAAAUUGUGUUGGCAUGGCCGUACAUGCAGCUGAAAGCAAGACUCCCACGGUGGUUGCGGUGGCUGUAGCGGCAUCCAUAUUUGUACUCUGCUGCUGUGUUCUUCUUACUCUGCUUUAUUGGAGAGGACUGCAAAUCCGCAAGAAGCGAGCCAUGCGGCGAUAUCUGGAGAGAGGAGAGUGCAUGGAUAUGAUGGAAGCGUCAGAAAAGGCUAACACUGUACAAGCACGAAUAUUCAAAGACACUGAGCUAAAGAAACUGAAGAUCUUGGGCUCUGGAGCGUUUGGCACGGUACACAAGGGUAUAUGGAUCCCAGAAGGAGACUCUGUUAAAAUCCCUGUCAGCAUCAAAGUUAUUCAAGAUCGCAGUGGACGGCAGAGCUUUCAUGCAGUUACUGAUCACAUGCUAACAAUGGGCAGCCUUGAUCAUGCCUAUAUAGUACGUUUGCUUGGCAUCUGCCCAGGCUCACAGCUCCAGCUGGUCACCCAGUUCCUGCCAAUGGGCUCAUUACUCCAGCACGUACGCAAGAACAAGGACACCGGCACCAUCGGCCCUCAGCUGUUACUCAAUUGGUGUGUGCAGAUUGCCAAGGGUAUGUAUUAUCUGGAAGAACAUUGUAUGGUCCAUAGAAAUCUUUCAGCCCGGAACAUCCUCAUGAAAACUGUCAAUCACGUCCAAGUGUCAGACUUUGGUGUGGCAGACCUGCUGUACCCUGAUGACAAGAAAUAUUGCUACAAUGAAAUAAAGCAGACACCAAUUAAAUGGAUGGCUCUGGAAAGUAUACACUUUGGGAAAUACACCCAUCAGAGUGAUGUCUGGAGCUAUGGAGUGACUCUGUGGGAAAUGAUGACUUUUGGGGAAGAGCCUUAUACAGGAAUCCGUUUAUCUGAAGUGCCCGACCUCCUCGAGAAAGGCGAGCGUCUCUCCCAGCCGCCGAUCUGCACCAUUGAUGUGUACAUGGUAAUGGUAAAAUGCUGGAUGAUCGACGAGAAUAUCCGCCCUACAUUCAAGGAACUGGGUAACGAGUUUACUCGUAUGGCCAGAGAUCCUCCCCGAUACCUGGUUAUAAAGAAGGACAGUGACACACCUCAGUCUCCACUUUCCGGGGAGCAGUUACAUUCGAGUCCACAAGAAGGCGAGGAGCUAGAAACUGAUACCGACACUGACCUAGAAUCAGAAGAGAUGGGUCCCCAACCCAAAACACCCAGCACCCUCUACAUUUCACGUCAACGGAUUGACUACUCUAGGAGUCAGAGUUUAUUGAGCUCUGUUGCGGGGUAUCUGCCCAUGAACCAAAGCAUGACCAGUGUGAACAGAAGGGGUACUGUGCAUCGCGUUGACCCAGGCCCCAGACAUAGUUCCCGCAGAAGAGAGGACUCUCUGGGUCGCACAGUGUCAGAGUCAUCAGAAGGCUGCUGCACCUCCUCAGACCUGGAGACAGCGGAGGAGACCUCGUACGCUGAAGGCAGCUUUGGCCGCAGCUCCCGCUGCCGUCUGGACAGCGCGUACCGUUCCCAGCGGGAAAGUCUCCUGGCUGCUACACCGGAUGAAGACAGCGAGUACAUCCUGCCUGAGCUCAGUCAGGGAGGUCUGUCAAGGGAUGGAACACUAAAAUCCCAAGGAUCAGGAUCUGUUACCCCGCACCCACCCCAUGCCAGCGAUGAAGAAGAUGAAGAGUAUGAAUAUAUGAACAAAAGAACACAGCCCACCACGGUGAAAGCAGAUAAACCGGAGAACGAGUAUAUAGAUAUCAGGGGAGCGGCGGAUACCAAUAGCGAGUGCAUUACCACCUCUACAGCAGAUGAAGAUUAUGAAUAUGGCAACAAGGAGGAUUAUGAAUAUAUGAAUGAACAGAGCAAGUGCAAACACACGGAAAGUGUAGUGGACAAUGACUUGGAAGAAUACACUUACAUGAAUCGAAGUGGCAGAUCAAGGGAUGACAGCACCUCAGAGGACAAGCAGGGCUAUGAGGACAUGAACUUAAUGGCCAGCCGGCCCCAUUCAUUGGACAAAACUGCUGGGCUUCCCCAAACUUUUAAUCGAGAGGCACUACAGAAAGUGUACAUUCAACCUUCAGAUUGUGCGUUUGAUAAUCCAGGCUAUUGGAACAGUUGCCUAUUUGCAAAGACUGAUACCAAGAAUGAGGUUCAGUGUCCAGAUUUACUAACUGUACGGAACUGACCUCUUCACCCACCGCAGGACCACUUGGUCAAGAGGACAUCUUGCAGCAGAGGCCAGUGCCCAUAAUUCAAUAGGGAGUGCAGCUGGACAAGUUAUUACUGUGCAGGACACACCGGCCGGGCCCUAUCAUGUUCCCAGCUCUGUUGUGGCUGGAUCAGUAAUGCAAUUCUAACAGACCCUUACAAUUUAUGAACAACAUUGUCAUGGAUACAUUUUAUUUAUGUGGCAUAACCUGGUCUGAUAUUUUGUUUCUAACACCUCUAAGAAUUACUCAGUGUAAUUAUUACUAUAAAAUCUCCAAAUGGGAAGAACAAUACAAAAGCAAUCUUGGGGGAUAACCUAGUCAUUAAAGCUAAUUGUUCAAGCUAAUUAAUCCAUGAUAAGUCUUGUACAUAAGACACUUUUUUAAAGGGAAAUUUAAGAUGAGUCGGAAAUACUUCUUUAAGAUUCAUAGAAGAAAUAUUUCUGAAUAAGAACAGUAUCAGUUCUUCUGCUACUGUUGGAUUAUGACAUCAGACAUUCACACUCUCUGUCUCCCCCUGCUGUUCAUUCAGCGUAUCUUCCGGGAUAUUGAUGACAGAUCAUUACAGAGAUAUACGGUAUAUGUUUGUGAAAACCACUAUACUUUUUGUAUCGGAACGGAUACAGAUAUGUAACAUAGCACUGGUUCAGUUUUACUAUUAAGACGUGCGGUCUAUUAUUCUUGAAAAACUGAAGGUAUGGAGUGCUACCAAAGCUUUGAUUUCUAUGGUAUGAGAUGGAUCAGCAAGGCUUGCACAGUGUGAUAAUGUAUAUCUCUAUAUGGUGGCGCAUAUUGGUCGAUAAUAACUUCAUGCAGAGACACUAAAAAAUUUAAAUAAGAGUCUCCAUUCUAACCCAGCAAACUGUACUCUGACUUGAUUUACAGGGUUGCCAUUGUUGGGGUUCAGUAGCAGCCUAGUCAGCCUAUUCUAAUAGCAGGAAGGAGCCAGAAGUAAUGAAUUGGAAUGUAUUGCAUACUUGGAUCAUAUAAAAUACCCAGGGACCUUCUUUCCUCAAAACUCUUUCCUUGUAAAAAU